AUGCCGCUGCAGGACGACACCCUCCGAGAGGUGUGGGCCUCCGACAGGUCCGGAAGGCACCCCCACACACACCUGGACCCUGGGGGGCCAGAGGCAUGGGUGGGGAGGCGGGUAGGAAAAGGGGAGGCAGACCCUCAUUCCUUUGCUACCCUCAGCGGGCACGAGGAGGAAGGCCAGAGCCCGGAGGUCCAGCGGCGCCCCAAGCAGCGGCCCGCCCGGGGGCCGAAGUUGAGGAAGAAGAAGACGGAAGCCCCUGAGUCCCCCUGCCCCACGGCAUCCAAGCCCCGGAGACCGGGCGGCGGGCGGGGGGCCGAGCCCGGGGGCGCCCCCCAGGCCGGGCGGAGGGGGAGGCCGCGGGAGGAGCCCGCCCCGGGGUCGGCCGAGGUCCCCGCGCCGCCGACCGUCUACACCAGGUUCCUCAGGGACCCCGAAGCCAAGAAGCGCGACCCCCGGGAAACCUUCCUGGUGGCCCGCGCGCCGCACGCGGAGGACGAGGAGAGUAUUUUCCCUGAACAGGACUGCCAAACCCCCAGCAGUCCCCACCUCCAGCUCACUCUCCUGACUGUAGGCCCCCCCCAAGACUUGGGUGUCACCCCCAUUCUUCUCCUGUUCCUGUUCCAGAAGGGGAGUCUCCCACCCCUGCCGCUCAUUUACCCUCUCUGGGCAAUUGAGGGACGCGGCUCCCCAGAUAGGGGGGCCUACCCCAGCCCCCAUUGUGAAGAGUUUCUCCCUACAGAGGAUGAAGAAGAGGAGGAGGACGAUGAAGAUGGAGAGGAGGAAGAAAAGAGAGAGAAAAUCCCUCUGCCUCCCAAGAAGCCCCCUAAAGAGAAGGCUUCUGCAGACACCAACGGGAGGCGGGCUAAGGCCCAGGCCCCGAAGGGGGACCUGGGGAGCCCUGUCCCCCCGAGGAAACCUCUGCGCAGUAAGAAGAAGGAGGCACUGGCGGGGGAAGGGACCAAGACGAGAAAGACGAAGAAGAAAGGGGCUGGGGAGGCUGACAAGGACCCCUCAGGGAGCCCGGCCGGAGUGAGGAAGAAGACCCCAGCAGCCAUGUUUCUGGUUGGAGAAGACGGCCCAGCUGAGAAGGCUCCCAAGAAGAAAGGCACUCCCAAAGCCUCAGAAGACAGGAAGGAGGAAGAGGAAGAGGAGGAAGAGGGGGCAGCUGUGGUGACCACGAACAGCAAUCCGAAGGGCAAGGCGAAAGGAAAAGGCAAAAAGAAAGCGAAGGAGGAGAGGGCUCCGUCCCCACCUGUGGAAGUGGAUGAACCCCGGGAAUUCGUGCUUCGGCCCGCCCCCCAGGGCCGGACAGUGCGCUGCCGGCUGACCCGGGACAAGAAGGGUAUGGAUCGGGGCCUGUAUCCCUCCUACUUCCUGCACCUGGACACGGAGAAGAAGGUGUUCCUCUUGGCUGGCAGGAAACGGAAGAGGAGCAAGACGGCCAAUUACCUCAUCUCCAGUGACCCUACCAAUCUGUCCCGAGGAGGGGAGAAUUUCAUCGGGAAGCUGAGGUCCAACCUCCUGGGGAACCGCUUCACCGUCUUCGACAGCGGGCAGAACCCGCAGCACCGCGGAGGCGGCGCGGACGUGGCGAGCCUGCGGCAGGAGCUGGCGGCCGUGAUCUACGAGACCAACGUGCUGGGCUUCCGAGGUCCCCGGCGCAUGACCGUCAUCAUUCCGGGCAUGAAUGCGGACAACCAGAGGGUCCCCAUCCGGCCCCGAAAUGCCAGCGAUGGGCUGCUGGUGCGCUGGCAGAACAAGACCCUGGAGAGCCUCAUCGAGCUGCACAACAAGCCACCUGUCUGGAACGAGGACAGCGGCUCCUACACCCUCAACUUCCAAGGCCGAGUCACCCAGGCCUCGGUCAAGAACUUCCAGAUUGUCCAUGCCGACGACCCCGACUACAUCGUGCUGCAGUUCGGCCGCGUGGCCGAGGACGCCUUCACCCUGGACUACCGGUACCCGCUGUGCGCCCUGCAGGCCUUCGCCAUAGCCCUCUCCAGUUUCGACGGGAAGCUGGCCUGCGAGUGACCCGAGCAGCCCCCCGGCGCCCCCAGAGCCUGCCGGGGUGGGGCAAAGGAUUCCGUGGAGGCUCGCCAGAGUCCCUUCACCAAAGCCCCCACGGAAGACUCCUCCCCUGUCGGGGGGCUGACCCCUCACGGUCUCCGGAUGACCUCCAUCCACUCCCCAGCCUGGCACAGGAGGCAGGGGAGUAGCUCAGACGGCGGGUCGGACGGAGAUGAAGAACAUCUGGAGUUGGAGCCGCACAUCUGGUCGCGGAGCCAGCCUGCGCCGCUUCCCCAGCCCCCGCCCCCUGCCCCGCGCCCCAGCCACUUCCUGUCCAGGAGCAGUAGUCAGUGUUGUCUUAACCCCCUCUGGGACCGUGCUAGGGCUCCGAGGAGCUGGGGCGGGCUCGGAGGAGGGGGUAGGUGAUGAGAGACGAGGGCCGGGUACCCACAUCCCCAAUAAAACCGCGUCCUAGGCCCA